GGCAGUCUGCUGCUGCUGGCCGCCGAGUCCGGCCAUGAAAGCCUCGUUCGUUUCUUCAUGGAUCACCUCCCGCGGCCGUACCAUGUCGACAGUCCGGCCUCGUCGGAGGGAGAAACGCCGCUGAUGAGGGCUGCGAAAGGGGGCCAUCUGGCCAUAGUGCGCCUGCUGGUUGAUGCGGGAGCGAAUCUCGAGGCUCAGAAUCGCAGUCAAAUGACCCCACUCAUGUUAGUCGCGGCGAACGGGCAUCGGGAUGUUCUACAGUUCUUGAUGCAACGGGGCGCUGAUCCCACUGUGACGCAAUCAAACGGCUGUUCCGCUCUGUGCUGGGCAGCGGGUGGUGGGCACGUCGAGAGCGUCCGGUCCCUGCUUGGGGAGGAUGUGAUCACACGGUUGAGUUGCCAUGAGUCGGGGCCGUCGGUGCGGCAUCACGCGGCAAUCUGCCCCCUUGAAUGGAGCGGAUGGUACAAGCACGAUGAGGUAGUCGCUCUGCUUCUAAAGAAAUGGGACUACGUAGCGAGGACGACUCACCCAGCAGACAAG